AUUAAGUUUUCUGUGCAAUAUUGUAUAUAUUUGGAACUAUAGUAGAAGGUGUAUAAUUCAGAAUUCAUUAUCCUUAGCAUAAAGUCCACUGACUCUGCUAACUUUAUAAUGGGGAAGAAUUUGUUAACAGUUUCCUUUAGGAUUUCCAACCAAAGGAGAAGCAGAACAUCUAUUUUGGGUAAUUGAGCAUCUAAUCUGAGUAACUCUUCCAAGAUAGUCAGUAAUUGGCUCAUUUUUCCCCUCACAGACUAUGAAACCAAAGAGAAAAUAAAAAGCUAUUUUAACUGUGUUUAUUUCAGGCUAGUAUGACUAUUCCAGUGGAGUUAACUCAGGAAUCCCCUGGGUGCUGAGUAGAGAUAUAAGAGGUUUGUGUGUAAAAUCCUGGUGCAGAGCUCCCAGGCAGAAUGAACGGUGGCAGAUGUGUAGGAGGCAAUGGGCUCAGCCUGCUCUGCAGCGACUGAGGGGCUGCAGCAGCUGCUACCCUGGGCUCUUACCACCCUCCUACACAUCUGUAGGACCACUGGGCAAACCCCAGAGCCAGCCAGAGCCCACCGCUGUAAUAGAAGAAAGCCAGAGGCAGACCAAGUCACUCAAAUCAUGCAUCAGCUCUACUACAGCUUUAUCAUGGAAAAUUAGUCCUCCCCCCAGAUAAAAGUUCUAUGAUACAGGAAUGCAAUAAUGCUCAGAUUCCUGAGAAUUAGACUUCUUGUUGUGUGCUGUGGAUAAUUGCAGGGAAGGUAUCUGAGACUUUAAGUAGCUCUGUUGGACUAAACCAGGAGUGCCUGUUGAUGUGACUUGUACUGGAAGGGGAAAUCAUUGCUGUUCUUGUAGCUGAUUAUUAGUGAGUUAAUCUGGGAACCAGAAACUCUCUCGUAAAAGUGCCAGUGGGCCCUGCUGAUCACGGGACUGGCAUAUUUCUUCUUCAUGCGCUUGAUUAACGAGCUCAAGAAAUGAGUUACUACUCAGGAGUUUCUGUUUCAGAGAAUCUUCCCAGGAGGGAUACACAGAGCGAAAGACUGGUUUCAGAGGUGGCAUUACAUGGGCUCAAAGAUAAUGCACAAGCUUUGAGGAGAACAUGUGAAAUGGUGUCACAAAAGCUUUCCCACAACUUGACAUAAAAGACUCCGAGCUCAACAGCUGCUGCUCUGUACGAAAAGAAGGAGCCUAUUCAAGAGCAGUACAAUAGGGAUGGAAAAGCAGAUCCUGGAAGAGGUCAUUUAAACCUUACCUGGUCUUACGAAUAAUGAGUUGCAGAGGGAGAGAGAAAUGUGUCCGUGGGUAUACGUAUUCACAUUGAAAGACGUGUGACCACACACGCCUGUGUUACUAUAUACAUAAAUGCACAUAUAUUAAUGUAAAUACAAACAGUAAUUACUACAGUAAGAGAUCCCCAAACACAAGCCCUAACAUUACUUGACACUAAUUUAUUACUACUAUUAUUACUAUUAUUAUUAUUACUCCUGUACUGAAUUAGAGAGGGAGAUAUCAGUGCUCACAGACAAAAGCGUUAAACUGCUUAGGUCAUGUAGCCCGUUUGGAGUAAAUCUGGGACCAGAAUGUGUGGUUCUAGACAUGGGGUUAGUGCUGCUGCCUGCCCAUUGCACCCUGUUUGUGGUGUAACAGGGCAACAUCCCUGCCAGCCUUGCUCCACACAGUCCAGGGUGCAUGUCCAGAGGAUGCAGAAAACACUGCUGCCGUGUCCUCCUUUUAGAGCUCACAAAAGAAGGCAGUGCUUGCACGGGCAGAAGGCAGGUAAAAUGCAGGCAGAUCUGGUUCAUGUUUUCCAUCAUACAUUUCCACUGUGCGUUUACAGGAUGCAAAUAGCAAGAGCGUUAACUCUUCCUGUUGCAGGAACCUACUUAACAAGGACUGUGCAUCUCAGCAUAGAAAUUGGCCCAGUGGAGAGUAGCGAGGAAUCAGGAAUUUUGAUUUCUAACAAGUUUAUGGGCCAUCCAGAUUCCUUUUGUGCUCAGUUUUCCUUUGUGCAUGGCCUAAAUUGAAAUAGUGACCUGUUUUCUGUUUCACAUGGGCCGGACUGCUAACACAGUCCCUGGGGGAGAGCGGUUGGCCUUGGGCGGGUGGGAUUCCAGAGAUCCUGCUCUUUCCCCGGGCAGGCAGAACGUGCUGGUGUGUGCGUGUGCUUGGGUGCCUGCUCCAGCGUGUGCCUGUCCUGUGAGCGUCCCUUCCCGCCACCGGCAGCUGACCUGCUCCUUCCUGCACCGUGUGAGCCGCAGGCUGCGCCGGGAAUGCUAUUGAUCUGCGGCAUUAGUCAGCAGCCUUUUCCCAUUGAAGGCCAGCUCUUUCCCAGCUUCUGACACGUAAUUCUGAUCCCAGCCUUUCACGUACCACACACUCCCCACCUGCUCAUCUGGGAGAAGGUCAUUAUCCCCAGGCUAUUCAGUGGCAAUGGAGCAUGCAAGAAUAGAUGCUUCUCCUAUUGUGCUGCCCUUCUCCCCGAUUGGCUGUGGAGUGUGGGAAACACCACCAAGCCAGAGACCCACAGACUCUUGGAGAGGUUGUACAGUAUAAAUACCAGGCAGAGCCAGCCUCCAGCCACACGCUUCUCCUGGACUUCCACUUCGAGACUGUCCCUCCUUUCCUAGGACAGAUGGCUCCCAGCACUGUUUUCAUGGAGCCCGACAACCUGCUGACACCAAAGGAGAAAAACAAACUGAGGAAGCCCGUGGUGGAGAAAAUGCGUCGUGACCGGAUUAACAGCAGCAUUGAGCAGCUGAAACUCCUGCUGGAGAAGGAGUUCCAGAGACACCAGCCCAACUCCAAGCUGGAGAAAGCCGACAUCCUGGAGAUGGCUGUCAGCUACCUCAAGCAGCAGAGCCAGCUGCAGGUGAAGGCUGCAGGACCCUUCCAUAAGAGCUCUCAGUUUGACUUCAGAGAGGGCUAUUCCAGGUGUUUGCAAGAGGCUUUCCAUUUCCUCUCUCUUCACAAAGUCCGAACUGAAACACAGACCAAACUUUUAAGCCACUUCCAGAAGAGCCAGUCGGUUGCCACGGAGGUCGCCUUUUCCCCCGGGAACCCUAGCAUCCUGAAGCCAGCGUCUCCGAAAGAUGCCAGCACCCUCUGGAGGCCCUGGUAGUCCAGGAGUCCUUAUUUCGUGGACCUUUGCCUUUUACAGUCCAGAUGAAGGAUCUGACUGCAUCUGAUAGUCCAGCUCCGAUCCUCUCUUCUGUGGGGAUUGUUAUUUCCCCGUGUAUUUUAUUUAUCAGUACAUAGAAUGGCACACUUUUGACUUUGGAAUCCUUUGGCAAAAGUUCAGGCAUUCUGUUGCAUGGUCCUGGAGCUGUGUAGACACUGCUGGUAACAGUACACAGAGUGCUGCCAGCCAGGGGUGAAUGCCUUCAAAAUGAAGGGGGGUGUUUUGUAAGUGUUACAGUUGUGAUGGACACGAAUUGCUGUAGGAGAGAUUUCUCUCAUAUUGCUUGUAAGAGGCAUCAGCUCUGCUCUGGCUUGACCAGCAACAAUUGUUUGCUCAGUCACCCCGGAGGAUAAAUUUACUGCCCUUUUGUUCAUGCACACUUGAUUAAAAUCAGUUUCCCUCUGUUUGCUUAUAACUUGUACAGAAUCAGAGAUUGGUUUGGUUUGGUUUUGGAUUUUUCCCCCAUGGCCCUUUCGUAAUCCUAGUAUAUAAAGGACAGAAACUAGGAAACUAUGUGGAAUAUUUCUACUACUUUGCUGCUUUUUUCAGUUUAGAAGAGGACGUUACUGCUUUACGUUAAAGAAAAGGUAGUGGGUAAAAGGCUUGAUUUGUCAAUGUUAUACAUUUUGUGUGUAAGCUAUGCUUUUUCUAGCAUUUUCAUUAUAAUAAUGAUUUUUGUCUGUAUUGAGUGGUUUAAUUCAUGGUGGAUAGUGUUUCUCCCACAAGUGGGACAGCCCUAUGGCUACCUGCAUACUGUGUAUGCGUCUCUGUAUUUGUAGAGAGCAAUAAAA